GUUUGCAACUGCGCAGCUUUUCUUCUUCAAGCAAUUUCGGAAUCUCGUUUUCUCCUCACCUCAACAAAGCUUCUUCAUUUCACUUCGGUGAAAAUAAAACAGCGCCACUUCAAAGAUGAUGGUAAAAUCUUUGAUUUUGGGUUCGCUUGAUUGGGAUGGAGGACAAGUGGGAUUAUCAUUCACCGUUUUGAUAUGGGUGGUAUUGGAAAAUAAUUACAAGACGCGAAACAGAGGCAGUAGCUCAUUCUGCGCGAGAGAAAGAGAGAAAGGGGCAAGCGAUUUCCGACGAUUUCUUGGCGAUUCCAACGAUUUCACGUCAUAUUCCGAUAUAUUUCGGAGCACUUCUGAAAUAAUGGCUCCAUUCAUUACCUGUGUUAUCAAUCUCAGCAAGGCAAUUACCACCUCCACAAUCAAAGUGAGGUGUGUUCGGGCUUUUCAAGGUUUACCUGAAGAUAAGAAUGACAAAAGCUUAGAAUGUGUGUUUCAUGACUCCAAGGUAGAUAAUCUAUGCAGAAUAUGCAAGCUAGCACAAUCUGAUUUCUGAACCAUAAGUAAGAACAAAUGUUAUUCUUUAUAACAUAUAUUUUGCUAUUGAUUUUCAAGGUA